AGAAGAAGACGAGAGCUACAGCGUAGCAUCGAAGAAGAAGAAGAAGAAGACAUCUGUAGAGUCAUGUAAUCACAACCAAGACCAAGGUUAUACGGAUGAUACUGCAGACAAAUAUGAACAGCAUUUGACAGUUAUCAUCUUAUCUCGCCUAGGUUGCGAUGAGUGUCCCCUGCUUCCUGUCCUCUGCUGCCCGAAGCUUCAGCCUGCCGUGUCCCGCAGCAGGUCUGCUCUACAGCCGGUUACUCGGCCCCAGCUCAGUAACAAGAAGAAGUAUGUCGUCUAAGCGGCAGAUGGAUCAUCUAGAGAGAACAGCAAAAGACUCCAGACAAAAUGCUCUUUAUCCGGCUCAAGUGUGUGGCAUCAUAAACGAAUCGGAGACGGUGAAGCGCUUGAGAAUAGCUGUCCCCCCAGACUUUAGCUUCAAGGCUGGCCAGUGGGUGGAUUUCUUUAUCCCUGGCGUGGAGACGGUCGGAGGUUUCUCCAUGUGCUCCGGUCCAGGUUUGCUACAGAGGGAGGGUGUUGUUGAACUGGCUGUCAAAUACUCCAAACACCCUCCAGCCCACUGGAUCCACACCGCGUGUUCAGUCGGCUCUCAGGUGGCCAUGCGUGUCGGUGGAGACUUCUUCUUCGACCCAUUGCCCUCCGGCUCGGCUGUGGAUCUGCUGCUGGUGGCAGGCGGUGUAGGGAUCAACCCCUUGUACUCCAUCCUGUUGCACACUUCAGAUCUGCUGCAUCUUAAUCGAGCAUCUGGUGGGCGGGACUACAACAUAGGCUCCGCUCACCUCUGUUAUAGCGCCAAGACCAUGCAGGAACUGCUUUUUAAGAGCUCAAUCGUCGAGGCGUGCCGGGAGUUCCCUGACAAGUUCUCCUGUGACUUCCACAUCACGCAACAGAGCACAGAUGUCGACCCGCACCUCCAGCCAUUCCUCAACCGCGGAAGGAUCACAGAGGAGGAGCUGCAGGCUCAUGUGGACCCACAGAGGACUUUAUGCUUCCUAUGCGGGCCCCCGCCCAUGAUUGAAGCAAUUUCAAAAACCCUCAUGGACCUCGGCCUUCCGAAAGACAGAAUCCUCUUCGAGAAGUGGUGGUAGAACUUCAGGGACCUGCUGGGGUUCCUCCUGACUGGGCUGGUACUCCUCCUUUUUUCAGCCUAAGACGGGGAAUGUAUGGAGAUGGGAUGAGAAGGAGAGCAUUUGGAAUGUUCAACUGAUUUGGACAUUAUCGAGUGUUGGAAAGCUGGAGAAAAUUCACCCUCCAAUCGUUGCUGCUGCAGCCUGUGCCUGAUCUGUGAUACCCCGCUGGGACCGCCCACUCUGGAUCCAGCAGCUGACUCACUCAAACAACAGAGAUGAGUUGUGUUUCUUCAAAUCUGAAAAGGACAACUGAACAGAAUGUUGAAACAAAAUCUACUUUGGCAACAUGUUUAUCAGCUCACGUCCUUGAUGGAUAUAACAAGGACUGUGACAGACUCAAUGUGACAGUUUGUAGCACAUUUCCAAAUCUCAUCUCAGUUCUGGCCUUUACAUGCUUUCCUGAGGAUCUGAUUAAAUAUCGUAGGUCUUGAUCCAUUUUAAAUCACUGAUUUACCGUUGCAAAAAAUACACAUGUUCACUUUCUGCUAAGAGUCAGAUAGUAAGUCUAAUAUCAUACGUGUCAAUACUAGCUUAGUUUAAAGACAGGAAAGAGGGGGACGCUAUCAAGCUCCACCCAAAGGUGAUACAAUCCACAUUCAACCAACUUCCAGGGAGUGAAGAAAUACUCCUGCAUAUUUACCCAUCAUGAACGUGAAGUGUUUUUACUCUUUAGAUUUUGCUGUGGGGAAAUAAGAUUGAACUGAUUAAAUAGUAAGCUUUAAGGUGGAUAUUGUAACAUUAGAAAGGAAGAACUCGCUGCUCUUAUUAGUUCUAACCAGCUUCUGGCUUUAACCUCAUAUUUUGUGGCCAGAUGUGAGUGUGCCAUUGAUCGUUCUAUUUUACUCUUAGCUAGUGAAGAUGUGUAUUUUUGAGAACGUUAACUUCCGGUACUGCUUCAAUGUCCUUAGAUGAUAGAUGAUCAGGGUAAACAAUAGCAGUCUACUGUUUUUUUUAUUUCAUUUUCUUCAGUCAAAUACCUCAAAACAUUUGUUAAAUUUUUUAGAGAUGUUUUACUAUGUGUAUGUAUGCCUAAUGAAAUGACUUAUAUUUAAUUGCA